GCACGUAAACUACAAUUGCACUGCCAACAACAUGAGUUCAGGUUCUGAUCUCAAGGGCCUCACAUUGCUAUACAAUCGCACUGCCAAAAUCCUCGUCCAGCCAAUUGUCACCACAACCACACUCGCACCUGGCGUCCUCAACAAAGGUGCACCAUGGCUUGCUGCAGCACACCAAAUUGUGCCCCAAUCCAGUGCUAUUAUUGUGGUCGUUCUACUCAUCAUCACGGCCACCGUCUACCUUGCAUUUCGUCCUAAAAUUGUAUAUCUUAUUGAUUACGCUUGCUUCCAACCAAGUUCCAACUUAAGAGUCGCAAAGGCAAACUUCCUCGAGCAUCAACAUCUCUCGCCUUUGCUUGUUGAUUCUACAGUUAACUUCAUAGCUACUGUUCUUGAGCGCUCAGGCAUGGGCGAUGAAACAUGUGUCCCGCCUGUACUUCACUAUAUAGAGCCAUACUGUGGGCUUGAUGAAGCACGCGCCGAAGCAGAGUUGGUUGUCUUCUCGGCAGUCGAUGACCUUUUGGCCAAGACAGGCAUUAACCUUGAUGCGAUCAGUGUUCUUAUAACCAACAUCAGUGCAUUUUGCCCGGUACCAUCCAUUGCCGACGUGAUUGUGAACAGAUACAAGUUGCGAGGCGAUCUACGCAUCAUCAACCUCUCAGGGAUGGCGUGCUCUGCCUCAGUGAAUGCAGUGGGGCUCGCCAGUAACAUGUUGCGGGUCAUGCCUCGGGGGUCACACGCGUUGCUGGUGUCAACAGAGACUAUUGGACCGUCCUACUAUGAGGGGAAUACGCGUUCUAUGCAGUUGUCUAACAUCUUGUUCCGCAUAGGCGGUGCUGCCAAGUUGUUGUCGUGUUCUAGGGGCAAGGCUCGGUUCCGGCUUGGUCAUUUCACACGGACGAUCACUGCAGCAAACAACGAUGCCUACCAGUGUGCUUAUCAAGAGGAGGAUGAGGAGGGAAACCUAGGGGUUGCUCUCUCUAAGGACAUUAUGAAUGUUGCUAGAGAUACGCUCAAGGUCAAUAUCAUGGCAACUGCACCUCUUGUCUUACCAGCAUCAGAGUUCCUCAUGUUUUUGCUCUUCUUCGUGGCGAAAAAGGUGUUCUGUCGAAGGAAUACCAGACCAUACAUCCCUAACUUUUGUGUUGCAUUUGAGCAUUUCUGCAUCCAUGUUGGUGGACCAGCGGUCAUCACCUCAGUACAACGUGGUCUUAAUCUAUCAGACAAGCAUGUUGAGCCAUCAAAGAUGACACUUCAUCGAUUUGGAAACCAGUCGACCUCAUCGGUGUGGUAUCAAUUAUCAUACAUCGAGGCCAAAGGCCGGAUGAAGAAAGACGAUAAAGUGUGGAUGAUCGGAUUUGGUGCAGGGUAUGAGUGCAAUACCAUUGGAUGGGUGUGUAUACAACCAUCUUCACGUGUGGAUGGACCCUGGGCUAGCUGCAUCCAUCGUUACCCAGUAGAUGUCUCCAAGAUUGGUUAA